AUGCCCUCUCAAGACGAAUUUCUAGCGUCUUUGCUACAGUCCCGCGAAGCCAUGAGGGUAGAUCACACAAACGCCCACGGCGCUCGAAUACUCCGUGAACGCAUGAGCCAGGACUUGUACGACAAUGCACAACUGCUCAAUGCUGAAGCACAUGAAGCUGCUAUUGUCAAGCAACAGCAGCAAUUGAGGCUGAGCAAGAGCCUGCCUUGCAUUUUGAAACCCCAUGAUAUAUUCGAGCCUGUCGAAUCUGAUGAUGAGGAGCAUGAAGGCUACCAAGAAAGCGAAGCCGAAGAACUGGCGUUCUCAAAAGAGGAGAUAGCAUGUUGCAUUGCUCUUGCGCAUGCUGGGAGUGGAAGAGAUAGUGCAGUCAGUCUGGAAGAUGAAGAUGGCCCGGAUUACAUUUAUGCAUUGGCGGCAGUCCUGGAGACGGGUCUUCCUGACGAAGAGGUCUCGCAGGAACACUACGGCAUACAUGCACCCGAGCAUGACGCGACAGAAGGAAACGUACAAGAAGAGGACAUCAUGUCAGAAACCGACUUUCUCGACUCGGAACCAGAAGAGCGAAGCAGUGAAUCGGAAACUGAGGAGGAGCCCAGUAGCGCGUCGACCGAAGACUCAGGAGUUGGGACCGAGCUACAAUUGAAGGUUACAGCGCUGAAGGUUCGGCUCAUGUCGGCUCUGGACUGGCGACUGACGUCUAUCGACAACGAGGGAUUGAAGGAGAUUGCCAAUGGCUGCGACCCUCUGAUCACGGAGCUGGAGCGUCUUGUGUCUGCGGUCAAGAUGCAGGCUCAGCACCUUAUCAAGCGUCGAGAGGCGACGCGAAUCAAGAUUGUGGUAGAAGAUGAGUAUGGUGCACUUCAGGCUCUUCAGGAGCCUUGA